ACCCCCUCCCCUCCUUUCAGCGGACAUGGGGCGUUGUGUGCCCCCCGACACCUGUCCGGAUGAGCGAUAGGGCAACAGCCUCGCUUUCGAUCGGCCUCGCUACCUCUCCCCCCGCCCCUGCGCAUCUUCCUCGCUAAGGGGGCACUCAGCCUUUCAUUUCUGACAGAUGAAGAGUGUUCGCCACGUGAGAGGGAGCAGAUGUUACCAUCAUUAGCAGCUCAGCAAGAGCUUGCAGCCCAGACAGAUUGUACAAUUGUUUCUGUAGUGUCAGAUAACGAAUGCCCUGUGAUCAGUUGUCACUCUCUUUGCACAGAAAAUGUUUGUGUACUUAUGGAGAUACCUGUAUAGUAACUUCUUCCGGUUUUGGCUGAAAUGGAUCUUGAGGCAGCUCACUGGAAAAUGUGAAUUACAGCGUAUCUUUGGUAGCUCAAAGGAAGGUUCACAGCGGACGCUAAAGAUAGAGUACUCAUUGGGAUUAUCAAAGAGUAAGGUGUUAAGAAAUGCUGUACAUAUUGGUGAAGCUGAAGUGGAAAAAUGUGUCCUGGGUAUAAUGAAAGAAAAGAAGAUAAAUAUACAGAAGGAUACAGGUUUUAAGACAAGCCUGCAGGUAUGUUUGCUGCAGAUAUCUGGUUAUAAGAAACUUUAUUUGGAGGUGGAAAAUCUGAGGAAAGUUCCAUAUGAUUCAGAUACCGAAGAACAUGAAAAGCAACUAAUCCAGCUUUGGAAUUUGCUGAUGCCUCAUGAAAAUCUGAAGGCUAGAAUCACCAAGCAGUGGUGUGACAUUGGUUUCCAAGGUGAUGAUCCCAAAACAGACUUCAGAGGAAUGGGCAUGCUGGGAUUAGUCAAUCUGGUGUAUUUUAGUAAACAUUACACCAGUGAAGCUCGCCAGAUCCUCUCUCAUUCAAAUCAUACAAAAUUGGGAUAUUCCUAUGCAAUAGUUGGGAUCAAUUUGACAGAAAUGGCUUAUAGUUUACUAAAGAGUGGUGCUUUAAAGUCUCAUCUCUACAACUUGGUCCCUGGAUUGCCACAAAUGGAACACUUCCAUCAGUUUUAUUGUUAUCUGGUUUAUGAGUUUGACAAAUUUUGGUUUGAAGAAGAACCAGAAAGUAUUAUGCACUUCAACCACUAUAGGGAGAAAUUCCAUGAAAAAGUUAAAGGACUUCUUCUGGACUAUAACCUAGUACUAACCUUACAGAAUAUAAAGAAACCAUAGCCGCAUCUGCAAUCUACCCAGUUCUGCUCUUAAAAUGGAAUUAUGCAUUCUCAUGGAAUUCUCACACUUCACCAAAAAAUUUGUUUAAUGAUGUAACUUUUUAUACAUAUAUUUUUGAAAAAGCUCAAAUUCAGUUAUGAAAGCUUGGACAAUCAGCCACUGUUUACAGGUCUUAUAUGCUAUUCUCCAAAGGAAAACUUAAAAAAAAAUCCCAUAUUGAAUCUUUUGCCCUCACAACUUUCUUACACCUCUUGGUGCAGGAACAUGAAGUAGGUAUUUAUGCUGCACUAUGUUAUCUUCGUUAUGUAACCUAUUACUAGGUUCCUUUUCUACCAUUAACUGUUGAUUAGUUAUCUUUAAGAGGGGAAAUUGCUUUGGUUUUAGAUUUGUUUCUCAAGCCCUGUCCCCUUGUUGUUUAUCUGCACAUAGCUUGUGGUCCAUAAAAGUUUUAAACUUCUCUGUGUAAAGAGGUCCAUGAAGAUGAUGUAACAAUUAUUUGUGACUUGGAAGAAGAGGCUUCAUUUAUUUGUAUUUACACAUAAGAACAAACAUUGUUCUGGUUGAAAUGAUCCUCCCUCCAGGAAAUAAUUACCCACACCCCUGUGCCUGGAAGGAACUUCCCUCAAAAAUAAUAACAAAAUAGUGUAAGGCCAAAGUCCCUUUUAACAAGGAGAUCUUUCAUGUCACAUGCUGCCAUAAAUAUUUUCCAGCUCUCAAUCCAUCUCUUUUAGUUUGGGCUACAGUUUUUCAGGCUGACUUGAUUCUGUAUCUUUUUUUGGCCCAUUCUCUCUUCCCCCUCCCCCCCAAUGUUUUCUGAAUGGGGCGUAAUAUCUAGGAGAAUUACUUAACCUCUUUUUGUAGUUUCAUUAUUUCCCACAAAACUUCAUUGCUGCUGCAAUCCAUGAUUUGUGAAGGUAGCUGGAACUCUUCUUCACUUCAUCCAUACUUCCAAGGAAGUAGGGGUGCAACUUUCAUAGGAUAAAAGCAUGUUUCCAAAUUUGGGCAUUCUAGACAAUCCAGGCACUAGGAGUUGGUACCUAUAGCAGUUUGUGAUGACUAAGCAUUGUUUAAAAUGUUAAACAGGCUUGGCAUGUAACUUUUUUUUUUUUUAAAGCCUACUAUUUAAAUAAAGUGCCUUCUGCUAAAUUCAGUCACUGUUUAAUUUGAUCCUCCAUUUAACCUGAGCAGAGCUUCAGAAACCUCAGUUCUUUGGGGGCAGAGACUGUAUCUCCCAUAUGCUUGAAUAUCACAUGGUGCUAUCAUGAUACAAAUACAAAAAUUAAACACAAUGCUUUAUUUUAUCAUCUCUGGAAGGCUUCAUUGGUGGUUAUGAAAAGUUAUUCUGAAAAAAGGCCAACAUUCUGAAUGGGAGAAGGAAAGAAACAAAGGAUGAUCCUUGUGAUUUUAAAAAAAGAUAAUUGGAAGAUAUUCAGACCGUACACUAUAAGUAUUAUUGUAUAGACUGUGAUUUCUAUCACUCCAUCCCCUCAUUCCUCUUGAUCUACAUGAACAACAUGGUCAGCUGCUUAUUGCAGUCAAAAUGAUAGUAAAGAGCUUGACUAAAGUAGAGAGCAAUUAUAUUGACAAAAAAGUUUUGUUCUUAAAAUCUGUUACAAAUAGGUGAGGUUUUAACAUCAUGUGAGCUCCAUCUGCCAGAAGGUGGAGGGAGAUAAAAAUUUAUCUUCAUAUUUGCAUUUGCCCAUUACCGUUAUACUUGAAAUGGUGCAGUGAGGGGAAGGAGUUUGGUUGAAAAGGAACUGAUGCAAUAUGCACAACAUAUCCUUUCUGGGCAUACACUACAAUAACUCUUAAUUUGGCAAAAUCUGUUUUUAAAUGUGGUACAUUUUGUCCUGCUACACUGUGUGCAUGCCUUUCUGGAAGCAUGCUGGUACUACAGUGAUGAUGACUAUAAAGGUACCUUGAUAGCAGAAUUAACUCUUUCUUCAGGAUUUCUGCAAAUAAGUUUUGCUGGUUUCAAAUUUACUUAAUAUAGUGAAAAAAAUAUAACUGCUAGUGAUCAAAAAUAUAGAAAUAGAGCUCUAACAAAUGUGGAUUAAAGUAUGAUUUCAUUCAUGAAAGACUUAUUCCAUGUUUUUCACCACAAUAUAAAUACAAGUGAAAAAUAUGAAGCGCUUGCAAUUGGAUGAUUAGAAACUCCAGAUCACUUUAAUUCCUUGAUUUUGAAAACCUGCCUCAUCACCAAAUAAACAGUACAUUUGAGGUGGUAGAUUUCUCCCAAAAGCAUCCUUACUUUAUUUUUACAAGACUGAUUGUAAUUGUCCUUGUAGCAACUGUAACACUGUAUCCCAGUUCUUGAAAAUUUACCAGACACCCAUUAGGUGGACAUCUAUACCUACUACAAAAGAUAGAUGUAAAAUAUCAUAGGCAGGGGAACACCACUAGCAAGAAGCCUACUUUUUCUGCCACCCCCAGCUGCUGGGAAUUUCAUAAUGGUGACCAUUAAAAUGGUAGCUGAGCACCUAUACUCAAGGUCCCAGGAUUCCUGUCCUGGUUUGGGGCACCAUCUUUGGUUUAGUCUGUGGCUAUUAAGUGUCUUGUAAGUUUGGAAAGUCCCAUAAAUAAUGUUCAGGUGGAGGGUCAGAUCUUUAGGGUUCUGCUUUUUCCCCCCACCUCCUGGCUGCUAAGGAAUGAACUCUUCACGAUUCUACCUGGCCCCCAGUUUCUAUAUAGUUUCUCCACCUUAAAUAACUCUAUUGCUUACCUUGUUGCUGCUGCUCAUAGUUUUCCUCAGGAAUAGCAGCAUGAAAUUGAUAUGAUGUUUGAAUUUCACUGAGGACAACAGCUUGCUGAACGGAAUCAGUGAAACUGGCCAUAUGAUUGUUAAUUUCACUGUGCUGCUGUUUGGCAAAGAUACAAGCAGCAACAACAGAGGAGCUGGAGCCAACUGGCUGCAGAGCCAAGCAAUCCAGUUUUGUCAUCCUUACAUUUGGAAGAUUUUUUUUGCAACUGUAAAGGCUAGAAAUGUAAUUGGAAAAAAGACAACCUAUAAUUCCACAGAAAUUGGUAUGUUAAGCUCCUUUACUCCCAGGAAGAACUUCCUGCUUGCCAUUAGCGAAAGGAUUUUUCAAGCCCUGUCCUAUGCAAUUUCAGAUUUCAUACAGCACAAAAGAAAUCUGAGCUAAGGCAUCUUGGGAUAGAGCCUAGACCAGGGAUUCUCAAACUUUCUUGCACCGUGACCCCUUCUGACAACAAAAAUUACUACAUGACCCCAGGAAGGGGGACUGAAGUCAGAGCCCCGCCGCCCUGGGCAGGAGGCGGGGAGAGCAAAGUCCAAGCCCCACUAUCCCGGGCAGGGGCCCUGUAACCUGAGCCCUGCCACCCAGGGCUGAAGUCGAAGCCCAAACCCCACUCCCCAGGGCUGAAGUCUUUGGGCUUUAAAGUUCGGGCUUCGGCUUUGGCCCCAGACCCCAGCAAGUCUAAACACCAGCCCUGGUGAUCCCAUUAAAACGGGGUUGCGACCCACAGUUUGAAAACCACUGGUCUAGACUGAGUUCAGUCGAAGGUUUGUCAUCACUUUUUAAAAUCAAAACCAUGAGCUGAAAAUCAUGACAAAACCCAAAUUAAGAAUAAAGCUACCAUCAUUAAACAUGGAAAAGCUAUGUAGUCAAAUGUAUGGAUGUUAGGUCACAUAUAAUAAUUGUUUAAACUGAGUGUAUUCUAUAUUUUUCUAGUUCCCAGUGUAUUGUUUCCUGAGCAUUUAAAAACUAGAAUUUGUAUGCAGUUUUGUACUAUUAAGUACAUAUUUUGCAUGUAGCAGGUUAAUUGUAUGUAUUGGCAACUAGUUAGGAUAGAGUGUAAAAACAGCAAAGAUUGUGUGUGGGGUGGGUAUUUGCUAGAGGCAAAGUUGUCUUGCAAAGUCUAGUUAACAAGAUUUUAUAUUAACUAUUGAAUUCAUACUAUGAAAUGACAAUCCUAAUUUAACAGAUGAUAUAGACUGGAACUGUGCAAUGACCUGUUUAACUGGAUGUAGUCAGUUUGCAUAGCAUUGAAACUAAUUGUGAAUACUUGGUUACAAAGCAUCCCUAAAAUUAAAGUUUUGGUUAAAGUCCCUGUUGCUUUUAUAAUACUGUUUAUUAGAUACACCUCAAGUUUUAAUAUAUGUAUUUGACAAUUCUUGGAAAUUUAACACAAAAUAAUUUUUCUAACUUUUCUCCCUUUUAACAUAUUCAUGGGACAUUGUCAAGUAAAGUUUGGCCUUAAAGUAACAUUGUGCAAAAAGCCAAUUUUUUUCAAAUGAAAUUUAAGACCAACACAAGUGCUUCUAUUUUUAAAUUUUCCAUAGAACCUAUUUAACAAACUUUCCACUACAUUUUUUAAACAUGGUGUUACUCCAUGAGAAAAUUAAACUGAAAUUAACUACAGGUUUCAGAGUAGCAGCCCUGUUAGUCUGUAUCCGCAAAAAGAACAGGAGUACUUGUGGCACCUUAGAGACUAACAAAUUUAUUAGAGCAUAAGCUUUCGUGGACUACAGCCCACUUCUUCGGAUGCAUACAGAGUGGAAUAAAUAUUGAGGAGAAGCUCACCAACAAAGAAAGGUGAAAACUCUUUGUAUGGGGUAAGAAAUUCGAAAGUUAAUAAUUUAAUUGGGGAAGACACACACGAGAUAUUUUAAGUCUGCUUUAAUAGCUUAAGGUGGUGGUAACACUAAGGAUAUUUAUUUUUAAAUGUGCAUUAUAAGGUUGACAUUUUAAGUGGAAUAAGCAAUGUUGAAAGAUGAGUUCAAUUGCAGAACAUUUGUGCAGACUUACCCUUUUAAACUGGAAUUGCUAGAUAGCAAAAUGAAGACAUACCUUAAUGAAAAAAGUUUCUAUGCUACUGCUGUUUCUGAUAAACCAAUAUGGAGGAUCAUUGGGAUGUACACUGCUCAAGCACUCUAGAGGAACAAGCUAAUCUAAUAUUUCCAUGCACGGGCAUGCUUGGUUUUCAGUCUCUGAACAAAUGAGCAGUUCUCACUUCUUCAUAUUACUCCAGCUCUUGCCUAACUGAAGAAGUCUGUUUUCAAUAAAUGUUCUAUAAAACAUCAGUAUAAACUUUUGUUUAGAUGUAUUGUGAUGUGAGAACGUUUUCUGUUUUCGUUGGAGGAGGUUUGCAUCCUGUACCACUGAAAAAUUUGUUAAUGUGUGAUGAAAAUGUAGUUCUUUUUUCACAUCAUAGUCCUAUUCUUAUGGUGCUAUAAUAUAGCCUGAAAUGGCAUUUCAUGUCCUGCCAAAUUUAUGGCACUGUCUGUUACUGGAAGCAGUAGACAGUAGGAAAGUUGGUCAGUAACUUGUCACUACUGUGCAAUGAGAUAACUGUACACUAAAAGAAAGGUCAACAUUUGCCCCAGUAUAAAGCAAUAAUGUAAACUGUGAUGUCAAUAUGUUGAGCACAAGUGUUAGAAUGAUAAUAAAUAAAGAACAAAACAUCCAAACGUU